UAUAGGGAGCUAAAAUAGUGAAUGAAAAGCAGAGAAAGAGGAAGAAGAUAUGCCAAAGAUGGAAGGAAGGAAGAAAAAAAGAGUGUAAAAAUAGGAAGGAAGGUUAAAAAAAGAGGUGACAUGUGUCGAGAAUGAUAUGAACCAUAUAUGAAGUUUAGAACAUUCUCUCUCAUCUCUGGGUGGCACCAUCAAAGCAUUCUUCACACUCUUUAACCUCUCCUUCGCUCUCUCACUUUCUCUUCCCAACCAAGAAUCAAUCAAAGUCUUCGUUCAAAAUUUAGUUUCCUCUUUCCUUCUCUCUCUUUCUCUCUCUCGUAGCAGUUCAAUUUCUUUUAUCUGCUCAACGGUGAAUGAAAUUACAAUACACACGUUAAAGAAGGAGAGAGGAUUGUCCAUUAUUAAAUUAAUUAGUUAAUUAAUUCAUAUAGGGCUAUGUAUGGUGAAAGCUUUCCCCGAUCACAGUACAUGCAAUCGGAGCCCAGAAUGUCCAACACGGAGGCUUUAACCGACGACGAGUACACAAUGCGGACUAGCAGUUCAGCGUCGCCGAUGAGUCCUUAUUUCUACGACCAGGGUAGGCUCAGCGGCGAGGGUUCUCCGAUGAUGAUGUCGCCGUGGAACCAGACCUCCGGUUCGCCGUUUCAGAAGGUGCAGUGGUUGCCGGGUGACGACGGCGGGAGCUUGCCUCAGAACGCUCUCGUAGGUUCUCUUGUCAGAGAGGAGGGACACAUAUACUCGCUGGCGGCUACCGGCGACCUCUUGUACACGGGGUCCGACAGCAAGAACAUUCGCGUGUGGAAGAAUCUGCAGGAGUAUUCUGGGUUCAAAUCCAACAGCGGAUUGGUCAAAACCAUAAUUCUGUCGGGACAGAAAAUCUUCACGGGGCACCAGGACGGCAAAAUCCGCGUCUGGAAGGUGUCGCCGAAGAACCCGAGCGUUCACAAACGCGCCGGCACGUUGCCCACGCUUAAAGACAUCUUCAAGAGCUCCAUUAAACCCAGCAACUACGUCGAGGUUCGGCGACACAAAACGGCGUUGUGGAUAAAACAUUCGGACGCCGUUUCGUGUUUGAGUCUCUCUGAUAACAAGUUGUAUCUAUACUCUGCGUCGUGGGACAGAACGAUCAAGGUGUGGAGGAUCGCCGACUCCAAAUGCCUCGAGUCCAUCCACGCGCACGACGACGCCGUCAACGCGGUGGUGUGCGGCGAAGACGGGAUGGUGUUUUCGGGGUCGGCGGACGGCACGGUGAAGGUGUGGCGGCGGGAGCCGCGGGGGAAGGGGUUGAAGCACACUGCGGUGAAAACGCUGCUGAAGCAGGAGUGCGCGGUGACGGCGCUGGCGGUGGACGCGAAUGCUUCGAUGGUUUACUGCGGCGCCUCCGAUGGGCUAGUGAACUUCUGGGAGGGCGAGAAGGGUUACGUGCACGGCGGCGUCCUGAAGGGCCACAAGCUCGCCGUGCUGUGCCUCACCGCCGCGGGGACGUUAGUGUUCAGCGGGUCCGCAGAUAAGACCAUAUGUGUGUGGAGAAGAGAAGGUGUGAUUCACACGUGCGUGUCUGUUCUCACGGGUCACGACGGUCCCGUGAAGUGCCUGGCCGUGGAGGAGGACCGCGAAGCCGCCGGCAGCAGAGACCGGCGUUGGGUUUUGUACAGUGGCAGUUUGGACAAAUCGGUUAAGGUUUGGAGCGUGUCGGAAUCGAUGAACAAUCAUCAGGCGCAGCAUCAGCGCAUGGUUUCUGAUGCGGAGUCGCUGCCGUCCAUCUCAGACAGUAGCCUCUCUUCGGGCUGGGCCAGUGGGAGAAACUGAUGGGCCUGGCCCGUGUGGGCUUGGGUUUUAUCAUUGCCACGUGUUUUGAUUGGAUGAUUGUGCCUUUUGUUUUUCUUCCUCUUGGUCUCGUAUUUUUUGCUCGUUGACUUUGAUUGAUUGAUUGAUUCUACGAGAUUGGGAGUGUGGCUUGGUCGAAGAUCUGUAAUAUUAAUUAACAUGUAUUAAUGUAAUGUAAUUUAUGUAAGAAUGAAUGGUUGAGUUGAGGUAGUUCAAA